AUGUUCCCGCAGAAGCACACCGCAAUAUCUGAAUACCGUCCAGCAGCGGAGGGGAGGCAAAGGCAGGAGUUGGCUGCGGAGACGGAUGCGAGGAAUCGUGGUCGAGACAGUGGGCAGGCCCUUAUUUCUCGAGGGCUUUCCGGGUACAGCGGAGCGUCGAGGAGACAUAAAAGCGAAGCUCUUGCCAGGCGAAAGAGUACCAAGGGGAGAAGAUCUUCGUCCACCAUCCCCAUAAUUGAUCCUCUUUCUUUCAAGCCUCCCCCAGUCAAAAAGAAGCUGCUCGAUACUGCAUGGGCGAAGUAUGGGAGGCCCCCCCCGCAGAGGAGAGAGCGCAACUUGGUGCGCCUCCCUUCUGCUGACAUGCCGGAGAAUCUGGAUUUGGUGGACAGAACCCUCGACGGUUUGUACAAAGUCAUUGUGGGGAAGCCUCUGCACAGUCCUUUGAGCUCUGACGUCAGAGGAGGCCAUGCAGGGGAGGCAUGGGGGGUCCCCUCUUCUGCUUCGGACCGCAUUAUGGCUGCUGACAACGAAAGGCUGAGGGUUCCCGCCAGUGCAGCAGCACAAAACCGAUACAGCCUCAAACGGACCUCCUCGCAGCUGCAAAGAGAAGUCAUGACGGAGGCAGCUCAGGCGUUUGCAGUCACUGGACGUCCCACAGUCACUCGAAGGGGAAGAGGGGGAGGAGGGAGGCUUCAAUCUUCUCGUGCAAAGGGGCGGGAGGAGCUUUCCGAACAAGUGGAUGACGGCGGACUGCUCCAGAGCAGUGGAGCGGCGCACGCAAAAGGUGGUCAAUGUGUCACGAAGCCGGGAAAAGCGCAAGCAUUGAGCACGCUGGAUAAGGCUGCCAAGGAGAAGCGAGCGCCACGUAUGCCGCCUUUAGAGGGUAAGCCCGAAGGGCUUUCGAUCAGGGCAGAAACGCUGAAGGCGGUGGGAUCGAAGCCGUUGGACCUCUCCAAAGUAACGAACCGCCAUGCGCACGACACAGUGCCCAGGCUUUCUCCCGAAGAGCUUCGCCAGCUGAAUACCACCGCGGAGAAUCUCUCGGAGGUGGAGAGCUGCCACAAGCCCCCUUGCUCUCCGGGAACCCCAAGCGCAGGAUCUCAGAAGUUGACGAGUGCCAGGGGACUGCAAAAGACGAAAAAGGCCUUCUUCGAGACACACCCGAGGGGUCCCUCCGCACCGCCGUCUCCCUCGGCACAUUCCCUUAGCCUCGCCGUUCCUCUGGUGCCUCCAGAGGCCGCUUCGAAAGCUUCCUCUUACAAGGCUACCACCGCUCCCCGUGGUGCGAAGGGGCCCCCUGCCCCCUCCACGGGGGGUUAUUCCCUCAGGGUGGCUGAGGGGCCCUCGGAGGACGACGGAGGCCCCUCCGAGGAGGAUGGAGAGUCUUCUGACGAGGAUGGCAACGCGUGGUGGGCUCCUUUUCUUCCCGUCCCCUUGUUCGGGCCUGGAAAGGAUGAUAAGCGAGCUGAAGAGCGGGGGGUAGUGGAAGACGAAUGUACCCUGGAUGGCCCCUCCGCAGAAGAGCCGGCGGGAUUCCAGCAUCGACAACGCUGUGCAGUCUCGGCAGCAGCAGGGGCCCCCUCAGCAGCCGCAGUAUCCUCAGGAGCCACUUCACCAGCUGCCCGACCUUACUCCCCAGCGGGUUCCUCGCGACACCAGCGAGUCGAAGGCACGCCCAUCGGAGGCGAACCGAACUGCGAACGGAAAAGCAGAAAAGAAAAAGGGGGGGCCCCCGUUCCUCUUGUGCCACUCGCGGAGUACCCAGGGGCCUCUGCAAACUUCGAGGGCCUGUGGAGCCUCUGGCUGCAGCAGGAAGAACUCCUGAGACCAGACUUCCUAACCCCAACCCUUGCGGGAGGCUCUCUUGAGUGGUCGGUGGGCACUCCAACAUACACAGCUAAGCUCCCUCUGUCAACUCACGAGACGCGAAGCGUUGGAGGCAGUUCCAGCGAUUCCGCAGAUCCAGGGGAAGGCCAAAUGGGAGAGCCUCAAGCCUACACAUGUGUACCCAGUGUCGGAUCCUCUGCUGAAUGCGAAUACCUUUGA